AUUUUAAUCCCGGCAAGCCUGAUCUGAAACACAGAACCUCCGCUUGAGGUUUUGCCGGGAAAAAAUAAAUCUCACCGGUUUUAAUAUCUCAGCAUUUUGUAAAAAUACCCGAAAUGGCAGCAGUGUUUUUGAAUCUUGGCGUCUUCUUCUUAUCGUUAUUAGCUAUAGUGGCUCCACAGGUUAAAGCCCACGUUGCUGUCUUUGAUAGUUACUGGACGCAACGUCAAAGCGAUGCACUGAAACGAACCAUGGGGUCUUACGAUCCUAAUCCACUUAACGUCACCAACCACUUGAACUACCAUGUCAAUUUAGCAGUGGAUGCCGCGGAAUCAUUCAAUGAUACAAGGAGAGAGCUUACACAGGUGAGAAGUGGUCACAGAAAGCUAAAACGCAGCGGAAAAUGCCUAGCUUAUAAUCCAAUAGACAAAUGCUGGCGAUGCGACCGUAACUGGGCAAAUAACCGGAAGAAACUAGCGGAUUGUGUGCUCGGAUUUGGCCGGAAAACCACAGGAGGGAAAGACGGGCCGAUCUACGUCGUCAACGAUGCUUCUGACAACGAUCUUGUCAACCCUAAACCAGGAACGUUAAGAUAUGCAGUGACUCGAGACGGACCUCUUUGGAUCAUAUUUGCAAGAAGCAUGAUUAUUAAACUGCAACAAGAGCUGAUGAUAGCGAGCGACAAAACGAUCGAUGGAAGAGGAGCUAAGGUUUAUAUCAUGGAAGGUGCUGGAUUAACAAUGCAAUAUGUGAAUAAUGUGAUCAUACACAGUAUUUAUGUCAAGCACAUUGUUCCUGGGAACGGUGGGUUGAUCAGAGACUCUGAGCAUCACGUAGGGCUUAGGACAAAAAGUGAUGGUGAUGGAAUCAGCUUGUUUGGAGCAACAAAUAUUUGGAUCGAUCAUGUCUCAAUGACAAGAUGCGCAGAUGGUAUGAUCGAUGCAAUUGACGGCUCCACUGCCGUAACUAUCUCUAACAGUCAUUUCACCGACCACCAAGAGGUGAUGCUGUUUGGGGCGAGAGACGAACACGUGAUAGACAAGAAAAUGCAGAUAACGGUUGCGUUUAACCACUUUGGAAAGAGACUGGAACAGAGAAUGCCCCGUUGCAGAUACGGAACGAUCCAUGUGGUGAACAAUGACUACACACAUUGGGAAAUGUAUGCGAUUGGUGGAAACAUGAACCCUACAAUCAUUAGUCAAGGCAACCGCUUCAUUGCUCCUCCUAGCGAACAAGCCAAACAGAUUACGAAGAGAGAGUACACGCCAUUAGCUGAAUGGAAAUCCUGGAACUGGCAAUCAGAAGGAGAUUACUUUCUCAACGGAGCUUAUUUUGUUCAAUCCGGAAAAGCAAAUGCGUGGAGCCCUAAACCGCAAAACCCGAUCCCGAACAAGUUUGCCAUUCGACCUAAACCGGGAACGAUGGUCAGGAAACUUACCAUGGAAGCAGGAGCACUUGGCUGCAGACAGGGUCAAGCAUGCUGAUUACAAUACCAUUUUUCCCCCUUCCAACAAGCAAACAAAGCAUUUGCUCUGUUUUUGCUUGUUGAUCAAGGAAAACUAUGAAUUGUGUUUUUUUAAGAAUGGGGUUUUGUAACCAAGACUGCAUAUUUAAUGCGCAGUUUCGGAUUAUUAUUCAUGAUAGGAUCCAGGUUCCUUUUUCUGCGGAAAAAUGAGAAAAGCAAAAUACCUUAUCUACAGUUUCAUUAGCUAUUUUUGUCUUGUUUCAUGAAUUAUUGCAAAGAUUACAGUAAUAAAAUUUAUUGAAUAGAGAUCAAACUCGGGAAAUAACAGACAGGAAAUCGGAUGGAUGUAUCCCACAAAGCUUCAGAAAUCCCUUGAGAAACCGCAUCCUCUGAUUUGGUGUCGGGGUCAAAUGUCAACAUUGUUCGACGAUACACAUGAUCAGUAAACAACAACUUCUUCUUCUUCUUCUUCUUCUUCUUCUUCUCUCCAUCCAAAAGUGCUAGUG